GGUGUGGUCGAAUCUGCAAGGAGGAUGAUGAGAGGCUUUGUCUUCUUUCAGAUUGUUUUGGUUGGGCUCUCCUCAGCUCAGCAACCAUGCAUACCUCCAUCAGGGAAACCUAGUUGCGUCUGUGACACUGCUGAUGGGACUAUUGACUUAUCCUCUAUAUCAAACACUGAUGGAACUGCAAGAUUCACCAACAUACCACAGACUAAUGGAGACCCUCAAUUCACAUACUCUUACAACCCUUGCAUUAGCUAUUACGAGGGAUAUAGUAGCUGUAGCUAUGGCAGCACUGCUGCUUGCCAGUAUACUGAAAAUGAUAAUUAUUAUAUGCUCGGUGAUGCAUCAACUGAAACUAUGUACAUUGAUUCUGACACAGGUAAUAAUUACUUGCAGUAUGACAAUGGAGAUGAUGGCAGGGUUACUAAAGUAUAUCUAAUGUGUGAUCAGAAUGUAGACAGCCCAUCAAUUACUGCCGAUGGUGAUGGAGACACUCCUUUGACAUAUAUAUACCACUUGACAACAAAGUGUGCAUGUCCUGGAGGAUGUAGCGAUUCAUCAAUACCAACUGUCCCUCCUACUAAGCCCGGUGGUGGUGGUGGAGGUGGUCGUGAAAACAGUGGCAAAAGUGGUGUAGCUCCUGGUGAAAUUGGCAUUGUGCUGGUUAUUGUGAUGGUCACUGGUUUUGUCACUUACUUUGUUGUUGGAGCUGUUGUUUUGAACAGGAAAUUUGAAAAGGAAGGCAAAGAAAUGAUUCCCCAGAAAGACCUGUGGUUCUCAUUACCAUUCCUUGUUAAGGAUGGAUGUGUUUUUACAUUUGGACCUCUAGUGAACCUCAUAAGACAUAAAACAGGAAAAGGAGGAGGCGACUAUGAGAAUAUAAAAUAAAGACAGAUUAACUAUAUACUUUGAAUGCAAUACUUUUCCUUAUAAUUGGCUUUGCCAGCGAUUAUUGAUUUUAAUAUAAUUCCACAGCAAUUAUUCUGGUUUGCAUUACCCAAAUUGGCUAAAAAGUA